CCCAGAGGAGGCGGCACGGCCGCAGCAGAGCCGGGGCUCAGGGGCACAGCGAGGCUCGGCCGGCGGAGCGGCGGCAUGCGGCGGUGUCGGGGCGCGGGGCUGGCGGCGCUGGCCGCGCUGCUGCUCGUGGCAGUGGCCAGAGCCCAGGUACAGCAGGAGCCAUUCCUGGAGACCACCGAGGGCAGCGGCAUCAACAUCACCUGCUCACAUGGAAAAAUCGGUACCAACGAUUGGAUCCAGUGGUACCGUCUACUCCCAGGACGAGCACCGGAACUCAUCGCAGUUGCUGCUAGAGGCUCCAAGGAUGUGCCGGCCAUUGCAGGACGGCUGUCGGUGUCGGCAGACCGGCGUUCGAGCGCGCUGUGGCUCGCUGGGCCCCGGCGCGGGGACGCGGCCGUGUAUUACUGCGCGCUGGGGGCCCGGCCAGAGCAGCCGGGGCUGCGGCCGGGCACGAACCGCCGCGGGCGGGGCCAGCAGGGGGCGCUGCCGCUCCGCCCGCCGCCCUCCCGGGCCGCCGCUCCGCAGCUCCUUCCUCUGCCCCGAGCCCGCAGCACCGACAGCGCCAAUGACAGAGAAAAGGCCGGCACACUCCUGGCCUGCUUGACCUCACUUCAACUGCAAUUGCUUCUCCUCACUUCCAUCACAUCCCUGAGCCUCCCUGGUGUCUUUCUGGGGAUAAAGCAGCACCCAGAGUAGAAGAAGUAAUUAAAGAACUCACACUGCACGUAGACAAGUUAGCGGUACCACAAACACACUCUGGAGCUUGCACAUUUCCAAAGAGUAACUCAUCGCUCUGCAUUUAUGAUGAGGUGUGUGCACACCUCCGAAGGAGACCCAGGCACAGAUACUUCUCCUUCUCCCAUGUCCCCACUGAUGUGCAAACAUGCACGCUGGCUCGUACUUGUGCUCCUGCACCCGAGUCUGUGCAUGCACAUCUACGUGAACACUCCUCUCCAGAGAUGUGCACACAUAGAGCACACUCCAACACGGAUCUAUUCCAACACACGCCCUCCCUUCUUCGCUUCUCAGCUCACCUUGAUGGUUACUGGUUUUUGCCUCCAUGUGUGUCGCCAUUGGGCUGCUGGUUCCGACCCUGUCCUGGUAAAAUUGCCUUCAGGAAAGUAAUCGUGCGUCUCUGGGCAUCUCACCCUUUGGUCAGCCCUUGAGUACACAAACCAUGCCAGGGCCUUGUCUGACUCCCUGUCCUUCCCCACAGGGCUCCAGCCCUGCUGCAGUUUUUCCCAGGUUUCCUCAGCAGCGUCUAUGGCUGAUUUUGUCCUUGCUUGUGUUCCGGUUUGUGUGCACUUGUGUUCAGGCAGGGUGCACAAGAAUCCAUGUGAGAGCAAAA